AUGUCAGAAGCCCCCAACUUCCGGGCAACUGAAAGGAUUGCAGUUGUGACUGGAGGGAAUAGAGGAAUUGGACUAGAAAUAUGUCGACAACUAGCCUCAAAGGGUGUUGUGGUGAUACUAACAGCUAGAGAUGAGAAUAAAGGGGCAGAAGCUAUUGAUACACUAAUGGAUUCUGGCCUCUCUAAUUAUUAUGUUAACUUUCAUCAGCUUAAUAUAACUGACCCUUCAAGUAUUGCACUAUUCAAAGAUUUCGUCAAGGCCAGGUUUGGCAAGCUUGAUAUCUUGGUAUUUCCAUUGACCAUUUGCGGAAAUGAUAAAAACACAGUAAUUAACCCACGACCAGAGCUAUUCCAGCAGGAGCUUGAGGUAGCUACCCAAAAUUAUGAUCUAGCUGAAGAAUGUAUAAAUACAAACUAUUAUGGGCCAAAAUUGAUGACACAAGAAUUAUUACCUCUACUUCAAUUAUCCGAUUCACCACGUAUUGUCAAUGUCUCCUCUGAGAUUGGAAUGUUGGAGUCUGUACGCAAUGAAUGGGCUAUAGGAAUGUUAAGUGAUUCUGCGAAUCUAACAGAAGAUAAAGUGGAUGACGUUUUGAAUAAUUUUCUCAAAGAUUUCAAGGAGGGUUUGUUGGAAACCAAAAAUUGGCCUUUAAUUAUAUCUGCGUACACACUAUCAAAAGCAGCCACGGAUGCCUAUACAAGAAAAUUGGCCAAGAAAUACCCAAGUUUUCUCGUCAAUCGUGUUUGUCCAGGCUUUGUUAAAACCGAUAUGACUUGUAAUCAAGGUACAUUAAGUGUUGAAGAGGGUGCUGAAUCCCCUGUUUGGCUUGCACUUUUACCUAAGGGAGGACAAUCGGGAAAGUGUUUCACCAGGAAAGAGGUGUUACCUUUCUAA